UAUUUGAGCUUCAUUCUUCCAAGGCUGGGCUAACGUUUCCACUGACAUAGAAACACUAAGAUUUCUGUUGUUUUUUUAUCUGCUAAACAUACCUCACAUGUCCAGAAUGCUUGUAAGGUAUGUGUAGUAGCAAUCCUGUCUGUAUAAACAGCUGAUUUUUGAAAGAAUAAUGGUAUGCUUGCAUGUAACCAAAUACUUUUCUGCAGCUUCAUAAAUUAUUUAUUGCAGCACUAUUAGACAAGCAUUUUAGUCGUUGCUGUCACAUUCUAGUCUGUGUUGCAUGGGUUAUCAUAUUGCUGGACAUAAAUCUUAUGGAGCACAAAUAGUAAUAAAGUAUUUAAGUAUGGAAUAUUUUUCAAUGUACUUGAGUAACCGAUCAAAAUUCAUUUAUGAUAAUCUUUAGUUGUGUAAUACAUUGAAAAAAUAUAUUAUUGGUUGGUAAUUUUAGUUGAAACUAUGGAAGUCUUGAGUACUACUGAAAUUUUUUUUUUUAAUAUACUGAGCCUUUAGUGUUUUUAAACAAUAAUAGUAACAGUGGAGAGUUUUGAAGCCAAAAUAAAUAAGGGUGGUGGCAAAAUUUGCUGCCUUGAAAAUUUAAACGAUUUAGUAGUUGAGAAAGUAAGAUUUUUAGCAAGCUUUUCACAAGUAUGUUCUUUUGCAUUAGUAUUUCUGUGUUCAAUCAAGAAUGAGCAAUAGUUAAGUUUUUUUUACUCUUGCCUUGAAAAAAAAACUGGUUAGUUAAAAUUAUAGUUGGGUAUUUUUAUUGCUAUUUUUUAUAAUUUGUUUAAUUAUAAAAUUUGUAAAUGUUUUUAAAAUAUAUAACUAUUAAUUAGGUUUCUAUGUAACAGAUAAAAAUUCAGAUUGACCACAAAAUUUAAAAUGUAAAGUUUGUUUGCAAGGUUGCAACACAUGCUACUUACAAUAGGUGUUAAAUAAUUGUGACUGUUAUUGAAACAAGACUGGACUUUCUCAUACAAGAAAAAUACAAACAAAAAUAUAAGCGUCACAUUGCCUCUACCUGUCUGUGCAUUUUUUAAAAAUAAAGUUUACUUGUGUCUCCAGCAGCAUUUCACUGACUUGCAUUUAGUUUUUAGUUGCACAUUAAAUAUAAAUAGUUGCGAAACUUGUCUACUUAAAAAUCAUGUAAAAAUUAUCUCUGAAAGGGUUUUAGCUUUCUGACUUAAAAAUCGACAUGCUCUGAGAAUAUUAAAUAUAUUUUACAGGCUUAUUACAUUUUCUCAUGUUAAAUUUUGUCCAAACAUUUUGAGGUUAAAACAUUUUCGGAAUAGUGGAAUAAUUGCCAUAAUGCAACAGCGUGUUAUCUCAAUUAGUAUUGAGUUAUCAUGUAACACAGCCUACAACUCCUUGAAAAGCAUUAAAUCAGUAAAUAUGUUGAUAAUUCCAUCAAGACAUCAAAAAUAAUUUUUAAAAUACAAAAAGAAGCCAAGAUUUUUUGAAAUACUUUUCACUCUAACCUCGUUCGGAUUAGCCAGAUUUUGGAACUUGCAGGACUCCCCUUGUAUUUAUAUCUAUAUGUGUGAGGAAGUUAUUAUAAAACCGUCCUGAAAAAAGUCCAGGUAUUUUUGGACACCCUGGGUGUUCUUUGUAACCUUACACUCUCCUUGGAUAGCGUGCACUUGGCAGCAGCGACACGAAAAGUAGGGACUUGACACAAUGCCUCCGUGUUUGCGUAGUUGCUUCUCAAAAAAGAAGCCGUGUGCCUUAUCUUACCCAUUCCCCAGGCAAACACGCCCUUGUUUGCCUUAGUGCGUGCUGCAGGUUUGGUCGUGUCAGUCGAUCUGCCGUCGCGGGUUGGUGUACUUGCUGGUCUCGCGCUUCGGGAACCCUCCGACAAUGUUCUUCCAGUACUUUUGCAUGCUGUUCAAGUGGCUUCCCUCGUCGCGAAAACCCUCGGGGAACUCGGAACCCCCACAAACUGCAGAGGCACCUCCGAAAACGUCACAGUCGCAGAAUGAUGUAAGUGACAGGAUGUCGCAGUCGGGCGAGGGGCUGCACUCCUCCAGCUACCUGUCCUGGAGGAAGCUGCAACUGAGCCGGGCCAAGCUGAAAGCCUCCAGCAAGACCUCCGCGCUGCUGUCGGGCUUCGCGAUGGUGGCGAUGGUGGAGCUACAGUUCGACGAGAAGGUGCCCGAGCAGCUGCUGAUAGCCUACUCCGUGUGUACGACACUCCUGGUCGCGGUGCACCUGCUCGCGCUCAUGAUCUCCACCUGCAUCCUGCCCAACAUCGAGGCGGUGUGCAACCUGCACUCGGUCAGCCUGGUCCACGAGUCCCCGCACGAGCGCCUGCACUGGUACAUCGAGCUGGCCUGGGCCUUCUCCACCCUGCUCGGCCUGCUGCUCUUCCUGGCCGAGAUCGCGGUGCUGGCCUGGGUCAAGUUCCUGGACUACUCGCGCCGUGCCGCCUGGGCGGCGUGCAUCAUCCUGGUGCCCGUGCUGGUCGUGUUCCUGGCCUUCGCCGUGCACUUCUACCGCUCGCUCGUCGCGCACAAGUACGAGGUCACCGUGUCGGGCAUCCGCGAGCUGGAGCUGCUCAAGGAGCAGAUAGAGGCGGGUGACUCGGAGCGCCGGUCCAACGGCACCAGCGCGUUCAGCAACGUGCAGGUCGUCUAGCCGCUCCCGGAACACUUUACUUGUACAUACGGAAUUGUAGUAUCGACUUAACUUCUGUGUCUCGAAUCAAACACUUUGUACAAGUCUGAAGAGCUGUUUGCUAAUACUCUGCUCAGUACUGCGACACUUUCUUUAAAAUAUUAACCAUUUCGUGUACUGAUGAGAUGAUACAAUGCCGAAGAACGUAGAUUCCAAAUUGGCGGUAAUGCAAGUAUAAUUUUUUUUAAAUUUGUCCACAAAAUUGAAAACUUGAUGGUGAGUUGGUUGCAAUGCGCAAGGUGUCAAACUGGAAAAAUGCACUUGACUGCAUAUUGAAUCAAGUAUUAUGUAUUAAACCUAUAAGGACUCUAUGUGUUCAAAAUGAGUGUAUGGUAAUAAUUUCUACAAAAUUCAAUGUGUGUGUGUUUAGAUACUGAGAAAUUUAUGGCAGUAGGUGAAAAGAAAAAAUAAUUCAUAUCCUGAGCCUUUGCAGGGUGCCAUAGGUUAGUGUUAACAAAAAUGUUAAUGAUUGAAAGUGCCCAAUAUUCUACAAUAUUAAGUAACUACACUCAGCAUAGAGAUUUCCUUGUGAUGGAGUAGAAUUGUAUUAAUUUUGUUGUCAGCCAGGUAGGUGUUUGCUCAAUACACCAGCAUCCAAUCCUCUUUUAAGUGCUAUGAAUUUAGAAAAUCAAAGCUGAUAGAGCUAAGGGAAGACAUAGUUUAGUUUUCACAAUGGGGUAACUACUGAUCCACUUCUGUUAUGUGAGAAUAUUAUCUUUGUUUGAAGAAUUAUGAAGCUUUAAUGCCACAAUUAUUAUGAACAGAAAUCAAACUAUGUUAAAUGGAGGAAAGAAAACAUUGUCAAAUGAUAUGUUAGUUAUCAAGGGUUUUGACAGAACCUUUUUCUUUUGUUAUUCGAAGACAAAAUUGAGUAACACAAUUUGGUGCAUAAAGUUUGACAUUACAUUCAGUAAUUUUGUACUUAAGAAAUGAUGGGGUAAUAUGUUUGCAUGCUUUAUCUGUAUUAUUGUACCAUGUAAAUUAGUUACUAAGAUACUUACUUUUAUUAAUGAAGAAUAUACUGGAGCAGUUAUAAAGUAAGGUAUUGCAACUCGAUACAAGAAUUUUAAAGGUUUAGUCAUCCUAAGCUAUCAGUAUUUUUUCUUUAUAAACAUCUUGAUACAUUCAUGCAACAAGAAAGGUAAAAUAGUAUGAGGUUGUAUUAAAUAGACAAUAUCUAGUGUAAAAUGCUGUGACUGUAUUAUUAUAAAUUUUACAAUGAUGUUUUUGUGAGAUUAGGAUACCGCUGAUGAAAGAUGACACAGUCUACUCAGUGUAAGAAAAGCUUAACUAGUAUUUCAGAGUUGUUAACUGUGCUUAAAACUAGGUUGUUUCAUUAUUUUAUCCCAUUAUCUAAACCUAUAAUAACAGCUAAAUGAAAAUACUCUAGAAAUUUAUGUUAGAGUUCACUUUGACUGAAGAAAAACGAGGAACAAAAUUAAAAAAUGAUUUGUAUGUGUGUUCUAUUAAUAAGUGAAAGAUUGGGUUAGUGCUAGGAAAAGGUGAAGAUUCAAAGAUUAAGUUUAUACAUCCUCAUAUUCCAGCUAAUUAUUUUACUGGCCAGAAAAAUUCAUGCUGGGUGCCAUUUGUCUACCUUGUACUGUUGAAGUUCUUGAACUUAGACUUGAGUUGGAAGGGUGAAUUAUGAACUGACAUCCAUGGUCUAAAUGGAUUAGCUGCUUAGCUUCAUCGAACACUAAUCCAAUAUAUCACAACAUAAACUGAACACACAUACAAAUAGUUUUUAAAUUUGUUCCUAGUAUUACUCUAACAAAUAAUUUACAGAGCAAAUUAAUUUAGCUGCUAUUAUAUGUUAACAUAAGGGGAAGAACCAAUGAAAGUACCUAAUUCUAAGCACAGUUAACAACUCUGAAAUACUAGUUAAGCUUUUCUUACACUGAGUAGACUGUGUCAUCUUUCAUCAGCGGUAACCUAAUCUCACAAAAACAUCAUUGUAAAAUUUAUAAUAAUACAGUCACAGCAUUUUACACUAGAUAUUGUCUAAUUAAUACAACUUCAUACUAUUUUACCUUUCUUGUUGCAUGAAUGUAUCAAGAUGUUUAUAAAGAAAAAAUACUGAUAACUUAGGAUGACUAAACCUUUAAAAUUCUUGUAUAGAGUUGCAAUACCUUACUUUAUAACUGCUCCAGUAUUCUUCAUUAAUAAAAGUAAGUAUCUUAGUAACUAAUUUACAUGGUACAAUAAUACAGAUAAAGAAUGCAAACAUAUUACCCCAUCAUUGCUUAAGUACAAAAUAACUGAAUGUAAUGUCAAACUUUAUGCACCCAAUUGUGUUACUCAAUUUUGUCUUCGAAUAACAAAAGAAAAAGGUUCUGUCAAAACCCUUGAUAACUAACAUAUCAUUUGACAAUGUUUUCUUUCCUCCAUUUAACAUAGUUUGAUUUCUGUUCAUAAUAAUUGUGGCAUUAAAGCUUCUUAAUCCUUCAAACAAAAAAAUAAUAUUCUCACAUAACAAAAAUGGAUCAGUUUAUACCCCAUAGUGAAAACUAAACUAUUUCGUCCCUUAACUUUAUCAACUUUGAUUUUCUAAAUUCAUAGCACUUAAAAAACAAUUGGAUGAAUACAAAAGCAAACUAAUUAAUUUACAAUUCCUUAUUUACAUACAACAGUUACAUAUAUGCAAAAUAUCAACCACCUCCAUUAGUAUAUAAUUUUUACUUAAUACACCAUUUGGUAUAACUUACUGAAAAAAAAUACAAUCAAUUAUGUACAGCUGAUAAAAUUGUUUCUCAAGUAAAAUAAAAGAAAAAGAAGGAUUUCAACAUAAUUUAAAAAAAAAGGGGGGGGUUACCAAAAGAAUGUGAAUUUGUUUGAUUUGUUUGCACGAUAAUUGUUGAUUAUCCACAUGUAACAAGAAGUGUAGCAAUGGUAAUAAUAUAUUAUUAAAGCGAACAGUUAUAGGAUGAGAUCAAAACUAAUUCAGGUUCAUUGUCUGCAAUCUUUUAUUUUCUCCCACUUGUUUUUUUGUUUGUAACAGAGCAGAAAGAAAAUACUUUUAAUGGAAAAAAUUGUUUUUUUUAUUUUACAGCAACACAAAUGAUGAUAUACCGUUGUUUGCCACAAACACAAAGUGUUACAUCUUGUAUCUUAUUUCACUAAUUAGCGAAAUGUUGAACCUUUAUUUUAGUUAACUACAAAAGUUAUUGCACAUGUUUAUGUACUUUAAAUAGCAUUUUUAAAUAAUCUGUCAUGUUUUAAAAUGCUAAUGUUGCAGUUUUUUAAAGUUGGACAAUUUUUGUCACCAGAAGGUAUACUGAGUAAAUUUUUAGUUCGUGUACUUUCUAUGUUUCGGUAAGGUUUACACACUUAAUGUGCAUUAUUUUUGUACAUCCAUUUAAUGACUUAAAGUAAACAACCGAAAGGAAAAACAAUAAAAUUCAGAAAAAGUAUGAAUGUGGCUAUUAUGCUGCAAAUGGGAUUGUUUUGAUUCAACUAGUUUCUUAAAACUUCAUAGAUGGGUUAUUAAGUAAAGUUCUUUAGUGAAAGCCAUUAAAAUUCCCAAAUCAUUUUUUUUUCCCUUAAGGCAGGGUUUUAGUCUUCCUCUAAGAAGGUGCAAUGAGUUACUUUUAAUUAGUUUAUCAGUAGUUCAUAUUUUUUAGUUGUUAGGUUAGGUAUUGUACAGUAAGAAUACUGUGACAAAUUUUGAAGGUAGCUAUUUUGAACUCACCUUGUACUAUUUUAUUUCACUUUCAUAUAGCUAACAUUUUUUCAGAAUUUAAAUGUUGUCCCGGCCAACCAUUAUCAACAUUUUUAGUGUAAUUAACCUAACAACUCUUUAAAAAUGUUAACUACUCGUAAACUACUUCUUGUAUGCUUCUUGUAAGCUAACAUGUUAAGAAUUUUCAAAAAAAAAAAAAAAAAAAAAAACAAUUAGAUUUUUUUUUCUGGAAAAAAAAGUUUUCCUUCAUAACUAUAUCGAGGGAAAUUGUAAGAUGAAAAUUAUUUAAAAAUAGAAAAACAUUGUUUAUGCUGUUAUCAAUAUUUUCUAAUAAUUAAUUCACUUAGCCACACAAUUUUCCUAUACUUCAAAGGCCUUCACAUCUACUGAAUUUCCCAGAAUCCAUUGGGAAUCAAAUACAGUAUUUUAAAAGAAAUAAUUAACAGGAAUGAUUGGUAGUUAUAUUUUACUUAUUUACUUGAUACAAAUUACUGGACUCAUUUGAAACAUACAUGAACUUUAAUAUAAUGCUAAUAGUAAAUUGACAUAAAUAUAAAAUUCCUAUCUUACUAUUUCUACAAUUACUUGAGCUAGGCUCAAUUUUAAGGACUCAAAAAUUUACAUAUCAUUCGUUACUAUAAUGAUACAAUAUCAGGAGAAAGUAGCUAGUACAAUGGUGUAACUUCACUCGUCAAGUUUUGCCCUUACUACACUGCAAAUUCUGUCCAAGUAUUGAAUGCAUGAAAAUUUUAUUCUUCAUACUCUUAGCUCUCACAAAAAAAAUUGGUAUUUUGGCAGCCAUUGAUACUGAUGACAUCUUUGUUGACUGUCAGUUAGCUUGGUCCUUCAUAGUUUCUUCUGGUGAGUUAAUGUUCAAAUCUUAGUAACUCAGUACUGAAUUGAAAACUGACAAUAACAAACAAAAAAUGCUGGCAGCUAAGAUCAACAACUAGAAUACACCCUGAAAAUUCUAUGCCAAUAGCUGGAUUGAUUUUUGAGUAUAGAACCUUGGAUAUAUGUCCCCGCCUACCUCGGCACAUAUACAGUAUAUAUAAGUAAAAAACACUUCGGAAUAAACCACGCAAUAUGAAAACUGCUGAAGUGGGGUCUGUUUAUUACAUGCAUUUAAGAAUACGUUAAGGUCAGAUGGUAAUUCCUGUACCUGUAAUUUUAGGAGAGUAAAAGUAUUUUAAGGGACAAUUCUGGGUUUAUGUGCCCACAGCAAAGGCUUUGAGAUGUAGCCUGAAAUAAUAUUUCUCCUUUGUUCAGUUCUUUUGGCUCAGUAUCGAGCAGCCAAUGGCAGAUUGAAACUCCUAGCGCCAAGUUCUUCGCCCAUUAACAUCAACAUUAGGACUCAUUGGACAAUGUUAAUUUUUGUGCUGGGGAAGAAAGAUACCAAUAAUGGAAAGAAUUUGAAAGCAAAACGGAAAAGUGGACCCCUUCCUGAAAUGAAAUUCUCCAAGCACUCCUGCCCACACGUUCUCUGCCAUUUAUAAAAAAUAAGGCCAAUGUCAAUAAUUAAAAAAAACUAGUCUAAUUACGUUUGAUACAUUUGCUGGAAGUAUAUUAAUUUUCAGUUUUCUAUAGUUGGAUGAAUUAUACAACUUUACCCUUAUGGUCCCAUUUUAUAAGUAUUCCUCUAUAAAAUCCUGAAUUUGUAACAAAAGUCUCACGUAGCAGGUGUUUCGAUAAAAUACAAAAAAAAAAUUUGUUAGAUAGAAAUGUUGAAAGGUUGGAAAAUUUAUCAGCACAUAUUUCCUAUACCCUGUUUGUAGAAUCUUACAACUUCGUGAACAAGUAUCAGAAAUGGAUUGCCAUAUCUUAAUUAGAUUUACUGUACUUCAUUACAUUUUUAUUCAGACUGAGAUUGUUUGGUAACAUAUUAUCUGGAAAAUGUUUUCCAGAUUUUUUUUUCUCCUGAAAACUUUUUGAAACAAAUAGUUUUGGGGAUAAAAUUAUUAUCUUGAUGCAUUCAAAAUCUAUAAAAUCUUUUAACCUAGUAUUUUCAUAAUGAUAUUUAAAAAUAGGUUAAAUUUAAUUAAUUCAGCAAUAGAAAUUUUAUUUCUGCAAUAUUGAAUUCUGUAUGGAAAGUAGUGUGAGAGCAGCUUGUGUAGCAGAGGAACACAACAAUAUUUACACUCAUCCAUACUUUUACUUACAAUUGUCGUGCAGACAGUGAGAACGAAACUGUCAAUGGAGAUUUUUAAAAAAUGUAUGUGUACUAUAAUUAUUAAAUGUUAAUAUUUUCUUUGAGCAAUAAACAUACAUAAUGUUCUUAUCUUUGUGCUAUUAAAUGUUUUACGUGUGGUUGUGGAGUAAAGAUUGGUUAAGUGAUGAAUCAUAAUUUUCUUAAUUCCACAUGUAGUUUUUUUGUUUGUAACUUAUUUGGUUUCAGAGAGUAACCAUUUAUUUGUGUAUGUGUGUGAGAGAGAAAGAGUAACGCCACUUUAAACUAUAAGACCUACAGACUUAAAAUUUGGCACCUAUAUUUCUUUUUGGUUUGCUGCCAUCACAAUUUAGAACAAGGUUUUCAGAAAAUCAUCUCCCAAAGCUACCUUAGCCUGGGUAAUCCUGGGGACUUCAGCUAUUAGCCUGAUAAAAGUAUUUCAUCCUUACAAUCACAAUUUUUGAAUUUUAGAUGCAAGUUCUUCCAACUAAUAAUUGGGGAAUUCCAAAUAUUAAUUUAAACUUAUUUACAGAGAAUUUAAUAAUAUAAUUUUUAAAUCAUUUGGUUGUACUACUUGAAAAUUGUGUGCAAAGAGGUUUUUUUUUUUCUUCACCAUGUUGGUGUUUUUGUUUCCUUAUACAACUGUAAUUUAAGGGCUAUUCCUGUAAUCAUAAUAGCUCUUUAAUAAUUUGGUUUUGGUUAUCAAAUUCAUUUUAUAUUUACCAGUUGUCAUUUGCUGGCUGUCAAAUGUCACACAAGUGAACAUAAUACUAUAUACAUUUACUGCUAUUAGAUACAAGAAAAUAUUUGUUGACAGAACAUAAAAUGUGAGAACUUUAGUGAUUCAUUUUCAACUCAAGUCUUAAAAUUAUGAUUAUCAGUUAUGACAAAAAUAAAACUAAAAAGAAAUGGCAAGUGGAAUAAAGCCUUCGAAGUUAAAUAUUUGUGAGCCCAAAUACUUGUGGGAAGAUACAAACAUAAAGAACACUCACGUCAUUAUUUUGGGAAUGCAGGAUUUACUGGUGUGGUAGGACCAUCUCUCUUGGAUGGUAAGUAAAACUGUGGACUGCUAGCAACUCUAAACAUGACAUGUAGAAGCAUGGAUAUUUGAGUAUGAUACAUACAGUGAAUCCUUCGAUCUGCAUACUCCCAUGACUUUUGUUCCAUAAAAGUUUCAUACCACUCCACAUAUUUUUUUUUUCCUUUGUUAGCCACUCAACGUCUAGGGUUACCAUGUACCACAAGCUACCGUGUAACUGGCAAUUUGCAGUUCUUUUAGCUGCUGUAGGCUCCUCUUCAUUUUGGUGCCAUUAUUUUAUUGUUUAAAUUUUUUAGAACAUUCCAUCAUAUAAGCAUCAGGAAUUACCCUUUGCAAAUAAAUUUUGCACUGGAUAUGAUCUAGGCAUUACCUGCUGUUGCUCAUUGGUAAAGCAUCCACAAAUAUUCACAAUAAAAAUUUUUGCUUUAUAGUUACGGGCAUGAGAUUUUCGUUAGACUGCAAUAUGGUAAUCCCGCACCAGUGAUAGUUUCCUUCUACUUGGCAGCCAUCCGUAAGAAAAGCCAUUAUUGGUUCCCCCUUAGCCAGGACAUUCAGGACAAGUUUGUUUCCGCACUGGAUGUCCGUGAGUGGUGCCCCGACAGGAGACAUGUUCAUCACUCGGCCAACCACCAAACACAGACAACGCUCCAAAAUCUUAACACACAGCUUGUCUGGAGAUCUGUUCAUGAAAACUGCAUGGCCGUACUUACAGCACCCUGGUCGUGCCCGAGAAAUUUGGUGCCCGAGAGUUUCCAUAGAUAAGUAAUGCAUAUAGCUUCUCUUCUGUAGUCACAUUAUAUAUAUAUAUAUAUAUAUAUAUAUAUAUAAAU